GAAUGUCACGCUAUCCAUAUCAACAGGUUACACAAGAAGAUGGAAAUGAAAUGAUAAAGCUGAAAAACAACAUAGUAAAAACAAUCUGCAGUAGAAUAAUACCACCCCCAUAUUUUGAAACUAUACCAGCUGACAUUGAUAUAAUUGAAGCUACUGACAAUCCAAGUCAACCCAUGGCACAGAUAGAAUUUCGUGAGAUAAGAAGAAAACAGAGACAAGAUCCUAUGAUAGAAAAAUGGCGACGAGCAAUAAUUGACAAGAAAUUACCACCUAAGAGUUGGGACAGAGAUGAUACAAUUAUGAAAAGAGUCUACGACAAAUUACAUUUAAAAAGAGGCAUCCUGUACAAACAUAUAGAGAAAGACAACAUCAACCAACUUGUUGUACCAAAGUGCUAUAGAUAUGACAUACUGAAAGGUCUUCAUGAUAAUGUAGGUCACCCUGGUCGUGAAAGAACUCUUGCCUUACUUAGAGAACGAUUUUAUUGGCCGAGAAUGUCAGUUGAUGUUGACAAUUGGGUAUCCAAUUGUAAUCGAUGUCUUCGAAGAAAGACUAAUACCAGCAUACGCGCACCAUUAGUUAACAUUGAAACAACGCAUCCACUGGAGAUGGUGUGCAUGGAUUACUUAACUCUUGAGCCUUCCAAAGGAGGAAUAGCAAAUAUCCUAGUAAUUACAGACCACUUUACAAAAUUUGCUAUGGCCAUUCCUACAAGAAAUCAGACUGCCAAAACAACUGCGGAAGCAUUUUACAAUAAUUUUAUUGUUCAUUAUGGUAUUCCAACAUCCAUCCAUUCCGAUCAAGGGGCAAAUUUUCAAUCUGAAAUCAUUAAAGAACUUUGUGCUAUUACAGAUAUGAAGAAAUCUAGGACUUCAAUUUAUCACCCAAUGGGAAAUGGUGUUUGUGAACGAUUUAAUCGUACACUAUUAGACAUGUUAGGCACUCUUGAAACAUCACAAAAAUCUGACUGGAAAAAACAUAUACCAUCUUUAGUUUAUGCCUACAACAGCACACCUCAUGAAAGUACAAAAAUCUCACCAUAUGAACUCAUGUUUGGCAGAAAAGCAAGACUUCCAAUUGAUUCCCUAUUUGCUCAAGCAACAGAAGAAACAACAUCAACAACACCAAUAGAAUACAUAAAUGAAUUAAAGAACUAUAUUAGGACAACAAGAAAGAUAGUAGAAGAUCACACUCAAAAAGCAAAAGAGAAACAGAAGAAAUAUUUUGAUAGGAAAGCAAAAGCAGGAACAAUAACAGUAGGAGACAAGGUGAUGGUUAAGAUAUUAAAACAUGAUGGCAAACAUAAAAUCGCCGAUAAAUUUGAACAAGAGCUUUUUGACGUCAUAGAUCAACCAAGACCAGAAAUUCCGGUAUUUAAGGUUAAAUCUGAAAAUACCGGCAUUAUCAAAACACUCCACAGAAACCAUUUGUAUCCAGUGCAAGAAAACAACAUACUUGGUUCUGAAGAACAGAAAAGGAGAAUGGUAAACAAAGAAUGGGAGAAAGAAAACAUAGAUGACAGGCCUGUUCCAAAGAAGAGGAAGCCUUCAAAAGAAGACAACUCAAAAAGAGAUGGAUCAGAGGAGAGAAAUAUAAAUCAAGGUAAGGACAAAGGUGACGUCACAACAGAAGCAGAGGAUUCUGAAUAUUCUGAUUCAGAGACGGGAAGCAGUAAUGUAGUUCAUACAUACAGCAGUGGGGACGCCCAUAUUCCCAAGGACAGUGAAAUUGAUAGAACUCUGCAGUUUGAAGUAAAAGAUAGACUAGCUGAUACAGAUGAGAUACAAAUGGAGGAUGAAGUAAAAGAUGAAGAUCAAAAGGAAAAAGAGACGAUAGUGAUAGAAAAUGAAGGAGAUGUAGGAAACACUAGUGUUUUAACAGACACUUAUGUUGAUAAUACUGAAGAACCAAAAGAAGAAACACAUGAAAUCAUAGAUAUUACAGAAGAAUUUACAGAUACAAAUGAGGAGCAUAUACAUCAUACAGACGGAGACAAUAUAAGUACUGAAUCUAUUCAGACAAUAGACUUUGUUGGGGAUUCCAAUAAAAAUGUUGAAUCAAUGGAAAUAGACAAUGAUGAAACCAAUAAAAAACAUAUAACACAUGAUGAAACUGAAAAGGUUAUAACAACUGAACAUAGAGAACAAGCAUGUGUACCAAAACCUGCUCCAAGAAAAUCUAGCAGAGAGAAAAGACAACCAAAAUGGUUUGACUCAUAUCAAAUGAAUCAGAUGGUGACAAUGAGACCUAUUGAUUCCAAGCUUCAUGCUUUGAAUAAGCUAAUGACAUCAGGAAUACUGAAGGAUGUAGACUCAGAAUUUGCACAUAAACUCAUAGACGCUAUCAUGAAAUGAUUUUGAAAUUUUGUAUCAUGACUGUAUUUUGAAUUGAAUUGAAUUGUACAUUUGCAUUAAAGAUAUGUCAUUAAUGAGGCUAUAUAUCUAUCUGUAUGUCAUGUUUUCUUAAAAAUAAUAUUUAUUGCAAGAAUGCAAUUCAGAGAGAGGGGAGAAAAUAAUGUAUUUUAAACAGUUUUUACUAUAUUUUAAAUAAAAUCAUAACUUAAAGAUUGUUGCGUAAGUAAUAAUCAAUGAUAAAACUAUUUUUUUAAGUUCAAUCAUUAAAUAAGCUUACUAUUAAAAUAUCUUUAAAAAAAUGAAGGUCUAAAAUAAACAUUGAGUGUAAUAUGAUGGGAAAUGAAGCUAAUACUUGUGGAUGAAGUCCACCAAGUAAGAGUUGUGUGUCAUUUAUACAGUGUCACAGUUGGCUUGAUAUUAAUGUACAUUAGAGUAGAAUUAAACUAUGUAGUGAUAUGUAGUUUGUAAUUAUAUAAGACACAGUUGCUCACUUAUGACUCGGACAGACCCUACGAAAUGACGAGACAUCAUUUUUCAAGGAGGGGAAGUGUGUAACAGGGUCAUCUUUUCGUGCAUUGAACUAAGUUGAGUUCAUUCCAGUUACUUCCCUUGUAUCAUUUUUAGCCAAUCAGAUCAUCGUUUUGAAUUUCCCUCCAAGUGUGUAUUGAGUUCAUGACUUUUGAGUGAGUUAAAAAGUCUAAAGUUUGAGAAAAGUUGAAUUUUUGGAGGCCAGAUAUAUUUUAAUUUGUUUUAAGGAUAUUGGAUUAAUAUUAUGCACCCAGUCACUGUGUGAAUGAUGUGUUGAUUGCCAGGUGUACAUUGUAGUUAGGUGUUUGAUAUGUUGAUUGUAAAGCAUACAAUUCCACAAAUUGUGUGCAGACUUGUUAACUAUUGUUGAUUCAGAUCAUUUGAGAUUGAGCAACAAGUGGAACUGUGUUAUUGACAGUAUACCUGAAAGGAACUUUCUGGUUUGAAUAACAGUAGAUUGGUUUUAUAUAUUAAUGUGAUUUAAUAUCAGAUUACACAGUGACAGUGAACUUUUAAUAAAUUAUAUAUCAUACGAACCAAAACCUAUUUGGAUUUGUUGUUACUUUAAUUUAACUGCAAAUACCCAAAGGUAACAUUUGUC